UGUAAACCAUCAUUUAUGGAAGACCAGUGUGAAGUUUGAGGAUAUCAGGGUAGCCAUGCAAUUCAUCAAGAAAGAUAGUUUUUGCUUUAAGUUUGAUAUUCAUUCCGCAUACCAUCAUGUUGAUAUUUUUGAGCGCCAUACAAAAUUUUUAGGGUUUUCCUGGCGUUUGGGGGGCAAGGUGCAAUUUUUUAAAUUCAAAGUACUUCCGUUUGGUCUUAGCUCGGCUUGUUACAUUUUCACAAAGCUAACCAGGCCUUUGAUUAAGAAGUGGAGAUCCGAGGGCAAAGAAGUUCUUAUGUAUUUAGAUGAUGGGUUAGGUACUCAUAGAGAUGAGACAGUGUGUGCUUCUAUAUCCAGUCAGGUCAAGAAUGAUUUGAUUUUGAGCGGGUUUGUGCCGAAACCAGAGAAGUCUACUUGGUUGCCUGUCAGACAAUUAGUUUUCCUCGGGAAUUAUAUUGACACUGUUUUGGGUAUUUUAAAAGUUCCCGAUGUCAGAUUGACAAAGUUACGUUCAAGUAUUUCAGGGGUAAUAACAGAUAUAGAGGAGAGAGGAGUUGUGAGGGUUAAAAAGGUGUCUUCUGUUGUUGGACAGAUCAUUUCUAUGUCAUAUAUCUUGGGUAACGUUGUCUACAUAAUGACAAAAUGUUUGAGUAUGGACGUGGCUUUGUCCCCUUCGUGGAACGUCGACAUAGUGUUGUCGGGUCAAAGCGUUGAACAACUCAAGUUUUGGGACAAAUCUGUUAGCGAAAUUAAUGGGGAAAAGUUCAUUAAUGAUAAUUCCUGUCAAUCUAUUGUUUUUAGCGACGCGAGUCAUACAGGAUACGGCGGGUACGUCAUGAAUACCCCUAUGGGUACUUCACACGGUAUGUGGUCCGAGGUUAAAGCCGGUAGGAGUUCUACUUGGCGAGAACUGUCCACUGUGGACAGGGUCAUGACGUCAUUGUUGCACGUCUUUCGGGGUAGACGGGUCAGAUGGUACACGGACAAUAAGAAUGUUGUAUCUAUUGUAAACAAGGGCAGCAUGAGGGCCGACUUGCAGAAGGUUGCAUUAUCUAUAUUUUACACCUGUUUAAGAAAUUGUAUAUCAAAUGAUAUCGAGUGGGUUCCGAGAAACGAGAAUGAAAAGGCAGAUUUCAUAAGUCGUAUUGUCGAUUGUGAUGAUUGGGGUGUUUCCAGUGAUAUUUUUCAGUUUUUAGAUUCCCUUUGGGGACCCCACGAGAUAGACUGGUUCGCCAGCGAUAACAAUAACAAGUUACCUGUGUAUUUUUCAAGGUAUUGGAAUGUGGGGUCGUCCGGUAUGGAUGCGUUUACAGCCGAUUGGCAAGGUGUAAACGGGUGGUAUGUUCCACCAGUAUGCAUAGUGCAUCGUGUCCUUAGUUAUUUGCAGCAGUGUGGCGCAUAUGGGACCAUGGUGGUACCUCUUUGGAGGCUUUCAAGCGGGAAAUAGCAGAGCUGCCUGGGGCCUUAGUCGGAUACGUCAGUCUCCUCCCUCAACUUUUGGCCGAAAGUAAAGCCAGUAGCACAACGAAAGGGUAUUACCAGGGAUUCGUACGUUGGAAGGACUGGGCCAUGAAAAAAGGGUUAUCUGAGGUGGAGUGUUUUCCGGCUAGGGCCAUCCAUGUUGCUCUCUAUCUCGCGUGUUUAGUCCAGCAUAGUGCGACGUCAAGCCCGGUUAUGCAAGCCUAUUAUAGUUUAAAAUGGGCGCAUCUAUCAUUGGGAGGGAUUCUCCCACUGAUUCAUUAUUAGUGAGGAACAUUCUCGAGGGAGCAAAGAGGCGUUUGUCUACACCGAGGAAUAGGAAGGACCCUAUUACUCCAGAACUGUUAGAAUCUAUGUAUUCUGCGAAUUACAGUGACAAAGAUUUAUUUUCGCAGCGUACAAUUUGUGGUUGUUUGAUAGCCUAUGCAGGUUUUUUACGCGUAUCAGAAUUACUUAGCAUACGUAUGUGCGACAUUGAAUUUUCUGAAAGUCAUAUGACUAUUUCAAUUCGUCAGAGCAAGACUGAUAUUUAUAGGGACGGUGACCAUGUUGUAAUAGCUAGGACGUAUACUAAGUUAUGUCCGGUAUCCAAUCUGGAGAGGUAUAUUGAUAUCGCGGAGUUAAUACUUGGUUCAGAUCGGUACAUUGUAUGUGUUUCGAUCUAUUACUAAGACCAGCAAUGGUUUUAUUUUGCGCGAUGAGAACAAACCUCUGUCAUACACGCGGAUGCGCGAGUUAUUUAUUCAAAUGUACUCUCCUUUCGUAUCUGAUAUCAGUAAAUAUGGUUUACACAGUUUACGGUCCGGCGGAGCAACAAGCGCGGCUAAUUUAAAAGUGGCAGACAGAAUAUUUAAGAGGCACGGCAGAUGGAAAUCGGAGAAUGCGAAAGACUGUUAUGUAAAUGAUUCCCUUGAGGAGAGAUUGUUAGUUUCCAGGAAUUUAGGUAUAUGACAAUAUACUGUUCCCGUUCUUUGGUAUUCAGUACGCGGGUCGGUCGCCCCGUUUGCAAUUUAUUCAAGUGUUUGUGUGUUUUCUGGCAUUAGGCACGAACGGAGAUUGUAGGAGAAAUGUAAUUUCUUUCGUUUGACUAGGCGGAAUAAGAACGAAAUUAAUUUCUCCUAUAGUAGAGCGGGCCGCUAGGUGGCGCUAUAUGUUACCUGCGAAGCACGUGCGUGUUCGCGGUUGUGUCAUUCAGGCGACGACCUUUUAGGCGUAUACACGGUCAGCGUUCGUUAAAAUUUUCGAUACAAAUUUUGUUUUGUUGUUAAAUCUGCUUUUAUUGCAGAAAGGUUUAUUGGAUUAGCACACAACGUCGCGGGCGUGACAGUUCGUGACUGUCUUCAGAAAUACAUUUGUGUGUAUAUACACAAUGUAGGUAGUGUACAUACAUUGCCUACCGAGAGUCGGUGCGAUGUUGAGUGCUUUCAUGGUCAUCGUAUUUUUUGUAGGGGUAUUGUGAUGGAAAUAAUAUAACUUGUUUUGGCUGUGUACAUCGUUAGUGUAAAAGAUUGCAUUGUGAAAUGUAUGUAUUUCAUGGUAAUUAAUAAACUAGUACGCGGGUCG